GUACCAAAUCAAACCCUAGAUAGCUCGAUAGACGAAGAUGGCGCCCAAGAGGAAGCCGGAUGGCGAAGCCAUGGUGGUGGAGGACGACUCUACGUCAGCCGACUUUGCCAAGCCGGUGUUCAUUGUUGCGGAGCGCCAGGAUGAGCAGUCGUCCUACUCCGUUUUCAAGAUCGACGGCGAUUGUGUUGCCGUUGCCGGGAUGCCUGGCACCGAGCAUGGCAUGUCCUUUGUCGCGGCGCAUUCCAAGAACGGCUCCUGGAUUGUCGCUGUGGGCGGUGGGCUACGAGCGGGCACCGUCAUCUUCGAUCCAAGAACAUCCAAGACGUACCGGGGCCCGCGGCUAUCGGAGCCCAAGCACGAACCCGUCCUCAUCUCUCACCGCGGCGAGGUAUACGCCAUCUCACGCCGCCCACGGGUGUCCGGCAGAAUGGACUUGGACCCUUGGUUCGAAUGUCUCAGCUUCAACAAGGGUGCUCCCACCAGGGAAGACUGCCCCGGGGCCGGUUGGGCCUCCUGGAUCGAUCUGCCGCCGCCGCCCUUCUUCCCUUCCGUGCUCAACCCCUACCAAUUCCGCAAUCCACCUGAAAUCUCAGUCACGUCUUAUGUUGCCAUUGGCACCCACAUCUUGAUUUCCGCUCAACAAGAUGAACUAAUGCUCGGCACUUACGCCUUUCAUGUGGUCAACAAGGCGUGGGAGAAGGUCCACGACAAGAACUUGCCUUUCAUUGGCCAGGCCGUUCCCCUUGGCAAAGGCAGCCUCUUUGCCGCCUGCCCUCUAUGUAACAAUGAUGCUGCCAUCGUCUCAGUGUUCAACAUCAAGGUCUCCUUGUCUACCACGGCUCCAUUGUUGUUAACAAUCAAUGAGUUCCCCGCGGUGGUGGCAUCAGAUGGCAGGAUUUGCCGGCCACUCUUCUGCCCACUGGGAAUGGGCAGGUUCUGUUCUGUCAUGCUGGGGGCCUUCCGUCGAAGCAGACGCGAUGCCAACUACUUGAAGGAAAUCCAGGUUAUCUUGGACACCUUUCAGACCGACAACGUCUUGACUGCUUGUCAGUCCAAUAGCCCUGAGGCUGAGGCUGCUGUUGUACAAGUCAAGGAGGGGACUCAUACAUACAAAUUCAAGGGUCGGUCUCGUCUGCUCGAGUCUGUAACCACACCUGUGCUGGUUGCGGCCCUGUCCAUGGACACAGAAAACAAUGACAUAUGUGAGGGGGAAACAGCCGAGACAGCCUACUAAGAGCAAG